UUUGGAAAUUGAGAAAGGAUCAGAACAGAGUGUUGUUCAGCCCGACGACGGGCCCUUCUUACUGUUUCUUCUUCCUGAUUCCAAUCCGACUAAACCCUUCUCCUCCAUCAGCUAAAUUCCUCACUCUUUUCUUCUUUUUCUGAGGGCUCUUUCAACUCUUCUGGCGGUUUAAUCUCAGUUUCACUAAUCAUAAUCUUUAUUUUUGACCACACUAAACGUAUUCUCGUUUUUGAUUAAGCUCUGACGGGGAAUUCGGAAUCUGUCGGAGGUUUGUAUGAUGGCAAACAACUUAACGGGGCAGCUCUUGGGCUCAGAGAUACAUGGAUUCCAUACAAUGCAGGUCUAUUAUGCGGCCCAGAGUUGGAUGUUGGAAUCAUUAUGGAGGAAGCAAGACGCAGAUGGCUUCGACCCAAUGAGAUUCAUGCCAUACUCUGCAAUUACAAACAUUUUACCAUCCAUGUCAAGCCAGUGACUUUGCCGAGAAGUGGUACUAUUGUAUUAUUUGACAGGAAGAAGCUUAGGAACUUUCGUAAAGAUGGCCACAAUUGGAAAAAGAAAAAGGAUGGGAAAACUGUUAAAGAAGCUCACGAGCACUUAAAAGUUGGUAAUGAAGAAAGGAUCCAUGUAUACUACGCACAUGGUGAAGAAAACCCACACUUUGUCCGCAGAUGUUAUUGGUUGCUUGAUAAGAGUCUGGAGCAUAUUGUCCUUGUUCAUUAUCGUGAAAUACACGAGGUUUUGCUUUUUCCCUCUUCUGUUUUCCUUCUAAAUUCUCUUUUCACUGUACAAGAUCUGAUUAAGUUGUAGCUUAUGUUGUUGCUUGUCUAAAAGAAGGGCCAUAUAUUUUUUCCUACUCAGAUCAAAGUAAUUAGUUAGUAAUCCUUAGGUCAGGAAGGGAGUUUUCAAGCAUGUCUGAUUACAUGGAAAAUUGCAUUUAUAAACUACAUUUCUCACAUUGAUAAUCACAUUUUCGAUUUCUUUUGUUGAAAAGUGCGGAGCUCACAAUCGAGAUUGCAUUGGUGUGGAUAAAAGUUUUUUUUUUUUUUUUUGGUUUAUUGGUAUG